UAAUUUUCAAGAGCAAGUGGUUGAUUUGAUUCACACCAAGAAGUAUAUGUACUCGUCUCGUGGAACACGGCCACGUAUUUCUCCUCUCUAAAUCUGGAGAUUUCCCGAAAUCUCUCUUGAAAAUUUUCAGGGCUCGAAACUCUCUGAACUUUUUAUCUGGUGGAUCUGAACAAAUCAAAGCAUUGAGUAGUACCAGUGGAUCGAAGUGCUAUAUAGUCUGUUGGUAGCAUCUUAGGGCUCGCCAUAUCGUUACCCCUAGCAAUUUCUGUCAGACAUAUAUGGCAACCAAUGAGAACCUUCCCCCCAAUGUCAUUAAACAGCUUGCUAAGGAACUGAAAAGUCUUGAUGAUUCUCCACCAGAAGGCAUUAGAGUGGUUGUUAAUGAUGAUGAUUUUUCCAUUAUAUAUGCUGAUAUUGAGGGCCCAGCUGGAACUCCAUAUGAGAAUGGCACGUUCCGUAUGAAAUUGUUGUUAUCCUGUGACUUCCCUCAGUCGCCUCCCAAAGGUUACUUUUUGACUAAAAUCUUUCAUCCAAAUGUUGCGACAAAUGGUGAGAUUUGUGUUAAUACUUUGAAGAAGGAUUGGAAUCCCACUCUUGGAUUGCGACAUGUUCUGAUUGUUGUCCGGUGCCUAAUGAUAGAACCAUUCCCUGAGUCUGCACUCAAUGAGCAGGCUGGUAAAAUGUUGCUUGAAGAUUACGAUGAGUAUGCUAGGCAUGCAAGAUUAUAUACUGGGAUUCAUGCCCUGAAGAAGCCGAAAUCCAAGACGGGUACGAUAUCAGAGUCAACUACUGCUUUUAAUGCCAAUCAGGCAAACCUUGUUCAAAGUGGCAAAGUGCUGCUGCUGCCCACACCGUUAUCUAGAGGACCGGGCCUAACCGAGCAAGAUCAGAACACAGUUGCUCCUAUUGCGGAGACAGCUGUUGGGCCAUCAGUGGUGGCAGCUCAGAAGAAAGGAGCUGUAGUUGCUGCAAAACCUCAAGCAGAUAGGAAGAAGGUGGUCGAUGCAAGGAAGAAGAGCUUGAAGAGAUUGUAGAGAUAAAAAAAAAAGAAGCUUUUGCAAAUGUAUUGUUGUAAUUGUUACCUGCUUUUCCCUACUAAUAAUUAAAAUUCAAUUCUUGAUCUUGUAAGUUGCCCAAGGAAUAUACUAGCAGGUAUUAUUAUCUCAUACCUGAAACUGUCAAUGUCCUGUCCACUUCUGGUACAUGAACAAUUUGCCUCAAUGGUUCCCUAGA